AUGCUUCCCCUCUAUGCUGCACUAUUAGCAUCUGCUGUAUUACAAGUACAAGCACAAGGACCUAAACCUAUCAAAACGUCCGUUGCGGUUGCUCGUCCAAAGCCCGUCACGACAUCUGCACCAGUCGGACGUCAGCCGCCAGCAACGACAUCAAAGUCCAGUAGCUUGACCACCUCAACGACAAAGCCCGCAACGACGAGUACCACGAGUACGACCUCAACGACAAAACCGCCGACGUCAAGUAGUACGACGACCAAACCACCAACGUCAAGUAGUACGAGUUCAUCAGCUGCUCCACCACCAGCAACAUCGACCCAACCGGCCCCUGUACAGGCGAAUACGUGUUAUGCCGAUAAUGGUCAAAUGACGGGUGAUGCCACCACGAGCGACCAAAUGACACCUCAAUACUGCGCCUCAUUUUGUACGGAUCGCGGUUUUGCGAUUGCAGGUACAGUACAGGGCAAUAAAUGUGUGUGCGGGCAUGUCAUGCCAACUGCCGCUUCAGUGGGUUGUACAAUGGCUUGUUCAGGCAAUAGUAAUGUCAAGUGUGGGUCUUCAGGCUCUGGCGCAUUAUCUUAUUCAGUUGUCAAUACACCCUUUUCAACGACACCCACAACGAACAGUAAGCGCGGUUUAGACUGGCCUUGGGAUAAUCAGGCAUACUCGUUUGCUGCUUUUAAUCCAGUCAAAGUUCCUUGGUUGUAUAAUUGGGAGAUGUGGGAUCCACGCGGUGCAGAAUUCCCGUACGCCGGUGCUGAAUAUGUGGGCUUGUGCAGGACAAAGGAUAAUAUCCAUCAAAUCCCCUGGUACUACAAUGCUCAGAACCAUGGUCCCAAGUAUCUCAUGGGUUUCAAUGAACCAGACUUGCAAGGCAGUGAUACGGCUUUGAGUGUUUCGGAUGCUAUUGGACUGUGGCAGACGAAUUUCAUGCCCCUGAAAGCCAACCUGGGGACAAUACUCGUCUCACCGGCUGUGACGAAUGCCAAUGCACCUGGCUGGGGUAUCGACUGGAUGAACCAAUUCGUUGCUGGGUGUGGAAGUAAUUGCUUUAGUGUGAUUGCAUUGCACUGGUAUGGAUACCUGCUGGCUGAUUUCAUCAAUCACUUCAAUGCAUGGCAUGCAGCGUAUCCAGGGUAUCCUAUUUGGAUCACAGAAUUCGCCUUUACAGACCACGAUGUCACUGCAACGGAGAAUCUUUCAAGAAUGGCCAUGGCAUGGAUGGAUCAACAACCUUGGAUCCAGCGGUACUGUCUCUUUGGCCCAAUGGGUCCAGCACGCAUGGCAGGAAUUGUCAAUUCGGCCAUGUUGACGAGUGACGAGCGUUCCUUGUCAAGACUCGGACAAAUCUACAUGGGUAUUGUCUGA